ACGAGAGGCAGGCGGUUCCUCCGGUGACAUCAGGAGCUCUCUGAUUAUAAAUGCAGCAUGGAUGCGUGUACAAAGCCCUUUCCGAACUCAGAAGGACUCUGUAGCUGAGAAGAGUGGGCCGGUCACUGCUGCAAUAAUCAUGGCACCAGCAAAGAAGAAUAUUUUGGAGCGUCUGGAUGCAGGGGAGGUGGUUAUCGGAGACGGAGGCUUUGUCUUCGCCCUGGAGAAGAGAGGCUACGUCAAGGCUGGUCCGUGGACACCUGAGGCUGCAGCCGAGCACCCUGAAGCGGUGCGGCAGCUGCACAGGGAGUUCCUGCGGGCUGGCUCCAAUGUCAUGCAGACGUUCACUUUUUACGCGAGCGAUGAUAAGCUGGAGAACAGAGGCAACACUCAGCGCUUCACGGGGCAGCAGAUAAACGAAGCAGCUUGUGACCUGGCCAAGGAGGUGGCCAAUGAGGGGGAUGCUCUGGUGGCGGGAGGAGUCUCUCAGACUCCCUCCUACCUCAGCUGCAAGAGUGAGAAUGAUGUGAAGGCCAUCUUCAAGAAGCAGAUCGAUGUCUUUGUGCAGAAAAAUGUGGACUUCUUGAUUGCAGAGUACUUUGAGCAUGUGGAAGAGGCCGAGUGGGCUGUUCAGGUGUUGAAGACGACCGGCAAACCUGUGGCAGCGACUCUCUGCAUCGGACCUGAAGGAGACCUGAACGGAGUCGGCCCCGGAGACUGUGCUGUCAGACUGGUCAAAGCUGGGGCUCAGAUUGUGGGCAUCAACUGCCACUUUGACCCCGACACCUGUGUGAAGACUGUGAAGAUGAUGAAGGAGGGAGUGGAGAAGGCCGGACUGAAGGCUCACUACAUGACCCAGCCCCUGGCCUACCACACUCCUGACUGCAACCGCCAGGGAUUCAUCGACCUGCCAGAGUUCCCUUUCAGUCUGGAGCCGAGGAUCCUGAGCAGAUGGGACAUGCAGAAAUAUGCCCGUGAAGCUUACAAUGCCGGCGUUCGUUUCAUCGGUGGCUGCUGUGGAUUUGAACCGUAUCACAUCCGUGCCUUGGCUGAGGAGCUGGCACCUGAGAGGGGCUUCCUGCCUGCAGGCUCCGAGAAGCAUGGCACCUGGGGUAGUGGCCUGGAGAUGCACACGAAGCCUUGGGUCAGAGCCAGGGCUCGUCGUGACUACUGGGAGAAGCUGAACCCUGCGUCCGGCCGCCCCUACUGCCCCUCCAUGUCCAUUCCUGACGGCUGGGGCGUCACCAAAGGCCACGCUGACCUGAUGCAACAGAAGGAGGCCACCUCCAAGGAUCAGCUGAAGGCUCUCUUUGACAAGGCCAGCCAAGGCCACUGAGCUCCCCGCUGAGACCUCUGGAAGGAGGAGGAAGCAGCAGGGGUGGCGUGUGAGAAGGCAGAUUCACACAUUCCCGAAAGUUUACGUACCAAAAAAGAUCGAAAUGCUGAAGUUCUUUCUGUCUUUUUAGGACCAUUUUUGCUCUUUGUGAAAGGCUGCUGACCUUUCAAAUUAGCUUUCCAGAGGUAACCAGCAACGUGCCUGGUUUUUAGUAAGCUUGUCACAUGUGUAAACCUUGUGAAAUGACUGACAGAGGAGAGGAGCAGCUGUGAACACACCUUAAGUAGUGCCAUUAACACUCAAAGUGCCUGACGCUUUGUGUAGCAAUAAAUAAAAAAAAAUAAAACUGAUUAUUGAACAAAACCA